AUGAACGCUUCAAAUGCUAAGGGAAAGAAGUCUGCAGGUGAAGAGCCUAGGAAGACUGCAUCUCCAGAAGCAGGAAAAGAAGCGAAAGGAAGCGAAGAAAAGACUACGAGGCCAUCGACUCCGAAAGAGAAGCUGCGACCCGAAUGUGUGCCGGUGCCUGUGACACCAGGGGAGACUGGAGGAUCUAGAGGGUAUGGGGAAGCUCAGGGAUCAAAGGAGGUUACCCCAACAUCCAAAGGAACAGUCUAUCGUACACCUACGGGGGAGCAUAGCAAAGAAAAGGAGGUUGAGGCUGAGAAAGAUCAUCUUGCGUUGGUUCCAUGGAAGAAGGAGGCUGAAGAGACAGCUCCCAAAGGACCCCCGCAAAGUUUUGGUCCACUGUUCACUGAGGAGCAGCUUAGGGCAGUGGAGGUGUUGGAACAGAAGUCGUCGUUGUUGACCCCGAACCCAAGAAGGUUGUUAGAGACGUCUAGAACCUAUGAAUUGGAAGAUGGGAAUUCCAUGGAAAAGGAGGCUGUUAGACCCCCAGUUUUGGAAGUAGCUAGAAAUCCUAUCCCAGAGGCUGCUAGACCCCCAAAGCCGAAGAAAGUUGAAGACCCGAGGAAAGAUGAAGGAGUCCGUGCCUGGAUGGAAGACAUGGGCUGGAGGUUGAGACAACAAGAAAGAGAGAAGGAAGAAUUCCUGAUGAUGAUGAGGAGGAUGGAACUGCAGAGAGAAGAGAUGAGCAGAGAGAACCAGGAGUUGAGAUGCGUAAUUGAAGAGAUGAGACGAAGAGAUAGAAGGAGGGAAGAGCUCUGGGAAGAAGAAAGGAGGAUGCAGGAAAGGGAAGUAGAAAGAAGAUCCUUGUUGGCUAUCCAGGAUGGCCAGGAAGAGGAGGACGAGAGAUCAGAAGGAGGGAGGAAGACUUCGAAGAAGACAGGCAGUGAAAAGGAGGCUGAGAGAGAUCUGUCCGUAAAAGUUCUGAUUCAGAUGAUGAAAGGUAUGCAAGAGAUCCAGAAAAAGAUGCUGGACAGGGAAGCCAGAGAUCGAGAGGAAGAAGCUGAAGGAGGAGCAAGUGUGGAAUAUGUCCGUGGAAGCCAUGAGCUACCGAAGCUGGCAUGUUGGUCCCCGCAAUCUGGACCAAUAGAUCUCAAUGAUUGGCUUGCUCUCAUAGAGCCAAUUAUGUCCGACUUGACGCAGACGAGUCAAAGAUGGUGGCAGGAAACCCUUCGACAAGCACGGCAGUGGUACUCCGACCACAUGGACUUGAGCCCUUUGGAAAGGAUCGCCCACGAUGCCGUGCCCACGGAGUCGUUGAAGAUAGCGAAGUGGGUCCGAUUGGAACGAAGGGCGAGCAACAUGUUGUUGGUGGCGGUGCCAGAAGCUCAGCGUGAAGAAUUGGUGAGCACCAAACGCCUCACAGUUUUGCAGAUCUUGUGCCAUCUUUUGAUGAUAUACCAACCAGGAGGCCUUGCCGAGAAAGAAGUGAUCCUAUCCUCGUUGGAGAAUCCCCCUGAAGGUUCCACGAUUGCAGAUUCUCUCCAAGGUCUACGGAAGUGGAUGCGAUGGAGGCGUCGAGCUGCAGAGUUGGCUGUGUCAGAACCUGACCCUUUUCUCUUGUUGAAGGGCUUAGGAAGGAUAGUGAGGAGGCCGUUGGAGGGGAACAAGGAGCUGAACUUUCGGGUGAGCUUAGCUCGAAGCAACUUGCAGGUGGACAGCAAUCCGACUUCGAAGAAGGUCAAUGCUUUGGCGAUCCACUUGGUGGCCGAGUUGGAACAAGUUGCACACUUGGACCAGGGAGCAAGCUCGAUGAGGAAACCAAACCCGAAAGAUCCAGGUCCCCCGAAAGCAGAGCCAAAGGUGAAGAAGUUUGAGGCCCCUGAAGCAGAGAAGGGAGGAGCGAAGGCUGAAGGGAAAGGGAAGUCAGGGAAAGGCCACUCGUCAGAUCCUUGCAGAUUCUUUCUCACUGAAGGAGGAUGUAAGAAAGGAAAAGAGUGUUCGUGGUUGCAUCAGUUGGAUGAUCAACGAAGAUGCUGGAAUUGUGGAGCCAGGGAUCACUAUGCGGACAAAUGUGCGAGACCUUCUCUUCGAGGUGGAGACGCCAAGGAAGGAAAGGGAGAAGGGAAAGCCGCGAAGACGAUGAAGAAAAGAGAAAGUGAGGAGGAAGAAGGUGCGAAGAAUGCAGCAGCUGUGGACAAAGGAAAGAUUCGGAAGAAUAGUGAGGACGAAGGAGAGAAGGACCAGACGAUGAAGGAGUUGCUAGAAGAGGCGACUAAGAUGCUGAAGAAGAUCAGCAAAGAUGAAGGAGGUGGAAGAGAAGAAAAGUUGAGUAACCUUCAGAAGCAGUUGGAUGAUUUGAAGACAAUUAGAACCCUACGGCUUGCUCGACUCCAAGGAGGACCAAAGGGCUUGCUUGACUCAGGUGCGACACAUCCUCUACGUGGACGAAGAGAAGGUGAGAGCCUGAAAGGGUACAAAGAAGUGACGGUAUCGUUGGCUGGAGGAAAGGAGAUCAAGUUGCACAUCACCAAAGAGGAGGUCAUGGUGUCCAGGGAUAUGGACAUAGAGCCGAUUGUUCCCCUUGGACUGCUGAUUGAUCUACUUGGGUGUGAGGCUACAUGGAAAGACAAAGAGAUGAUGGUGUGGCACCCUUCAAGAGGACGAUUGAGAGUCGAGAUCAGAGGAGGAUGCCCAGAAGUGGAGAAGGAAGAGGCAUUGAGGCUUAUCCAAGAAAUUGAAGAAAAGAAAAGGAUGUGCAUCAAACGGGUAGAAGAGGUCGAGGUCAGUGACGAUGAAAAGAGGACGUUGGAGAAGGAGAAGGAAUGGUUGAAGAAGCUGAUCGAAGUUCAUCCGGUGUUUCGAGAGGUGCCACAGUGGCUGAAGGACCAGUUGUAUGAAGAGCCUGCAGAAAACCUACAUGCAUGUGGGAACAGGAAGAGAAGGAAGCUAUGGAAGAAAGAAGGAUUGGUGCUUCAUGUCUAUGCAGGUGCUCCGGAGGGAUUCGGGUUGGCGAGGGCAGUUCAUCAAGCUGGAGGAGACCAACGGAAAUUGGUGGAGGUGGAUUGGGAAAGAGAUGAGAAGUGGAACAUGUUGCCGGGAGGGAAAGCCUAUGCAAUGCUGUUGAGGAUGGCUAUGAACGGUUGGGUGCGAGGAGUUGUGGGUGGACCAAACUGCCGCACUCGCAGUGUCUUGAGGCAUAUCCCUUUGAGUUCCCAUGAUCAUGGACCGAGACCACUGCGAAGUUGGGAGGAAGGUCAAGAAUGGGGGAGAAAGGAUUUAAGUCCUCAAGAAGCUGAAAAGGUGAUGCAAGAUGAUGUGCUUAUGUUGAGGUUCCUACUGCUCUUCAUCGUCGCGGAGGAGGUGCGAAAGGCCAAUGGAAUGGACAGGAAAGUUCAGUUCUUGUUGGAGCAGCCAGGGGCACCAAAGAACCCAGAGGUGGUCACCUGGUGGGCUACAAAGACUUGGAAGAUGAUGAAGAGGGUCUACAGCUUCCAGGAGGUGAAUGUGGACCAAUGGGAUUGGGGCGGCUCAGCAUCUAAGUGGACUACGUUGGGCACUUCAAUGAAGAUCGAAAGGCCGUUGAAGAGAGGUGGUGCUCCGAAGAGAGAAAGAGAAGGGAAAGAACCUUGGCAGCUCUUUGAGGAGUCUCGCGCUUUGGCGAGGUGGGUCCCAGGCUUGAUGAUUGAAGUGGCAGAGAGACUGCAGCAGGAGGUGUGGGACUUGAAGAUUCAAUGCCGGCCCCUAUCAUGGUGUGAGCAUGUAAGGGCUGGGCACGUUCCAUUUCGUCGAGACUGCAGGAUCUGCCAAGAGUCGAGGGCGAAGGGUCAACCACAUCGACGAGUACUAUGUCCAAAAGUGGGAGUUCUCUCCAUUGACAUGAGUGGGCCACUGAAGGAAGGAAGGGACUUGCAUGAUGAGAAAGACAAGUUCCUCUUGAUUGCGACGUUCACGUGGCCAAAGCUCGAAGGAAGAGAGAUGAAGGAAGACCCAGAAGAAAGAUUGGAUGAAGCCCCCGAGAUCGAAGAUGCUGAAGCGAUUGCCCAGGUGGAGGAAGAAGUGGAAAGGAAGCCAGAAGAGGAGCAGGAAAGAAGGGCCGAGGAUGGAGAAGACCUUCAGGAGGAAGAUAGUGGAGGUUGUAAGGAGGGGGGAGAGGAAGAGGAGUUCAAAAACACGGAAGUUGAAGUGCAUCGGAUGGUCAUGCCGUUGGGCUCCAAGAGUGCUGAUGAUGUGCUGCGAGCCACCAUUCAGUUGUACCUUCGACUCAAGUCAGAGGGUUUCGAGGUGCAGCAGAUUCAUACGGACAGAGGAGCAGAGUUCUACAAUCCGAAGUUUCGAAGAUGGUGUGAGCAAAGAUGCAUCCUGAAGACGUGGACUCCUGGAGACGACCCCCAGAGCAACGGACGUUGUGAAAGAGCAGUGCAGGAAGCGAAGGGCCAAAUUCGCACUAUGUUGAAGCAGGCAGGAUUGGAGGCGGAGUAUUGGCCUCUGGCGGCAAGACAUCUCAAUGAGAGGUGGAUGGCCCAGUUGGUGAAAGAGGAAGUUCGAUGGCCACCAUUCAUGUCGAAGGUGCUGGUGAGGAAGCGAGGUUGGCGUGCAAGAGAGUUCGAACCCACGCAAGAGGAAGUGAUCUACUUGUUCCCAUCGUGGGACUCUCAUGGUCACUGGAUAGCAGAUGACCAAGGACGUCAAAGACUUAGCCGCACCGUUAUGGAUCAUGCGGUGGAGCCCAUCACGGAUGAAAAGUGGAUUGCACUCGAAGAUGAUGAGAACCCCCUGCAGAUGCGAAGGAGGCUGAGGCAGAAGAUGGUGGUCAGAAGGAUCGUGAAGAGAAAGAUCGAGGAGGAUGAAGAAGAGAGUCAAAAGAAGAAGAAAAAGAGGGCCCAGGAAGUUCUGAGAGAGACCAGUGGUAAGGUGGGAGGCAUGGUCGUGAUCUACAUCGAUGACCUCUUGAUCGUUGGUGAGAAGGAAGUGAAGAAGAUGGUGAUAGGAGAGGUGAAGCGCAUUUGGGAAACCAGUACACCAGAGGAGAUAGACGAAAAGACAGGAGUGAGGUUUCUGGGAAUGGAGUUGUGGAAGUUGAAGAAUGGUGAUUGGAUGGCGACUCAGAGAGGUUACGUGAAAGAGAUGUUGAGGAAGAAUUUAGGUGAAGAUGAAAGUGAAUGGAGGAGGAAGAAGACCCCCAUUACAAAGAGUUGGAUUGAGUUGCCUGAGGAGGAGAAGAAAGAAGCGGGUGAUGUCAAAGAAGCUCAACGGGUAGUGGGAGAAGUGAUGUGGGUCAUGACGAGAACGCGUCCGGACCUUCUUCACACUACCUCCAUGCUGGCGUCCCAGAUCUUGAAGAAACCAAAGGCUGUCCGAGAGGCUGCAGAUCAACUGUGGGCUUACUUGGCACAUACGUGGAAAGAAGGUCUGUUGUUUGCAGCCAGGCCAGAAGAGCACGAGUUGAGGAGUUACACGGAUGCCUCGUUUGGAGAAGAUUGUCAAGGGUGUACAAUCGUCGCUUUGGAUGGGGCACCGAUUGCAUGGAAGGCUGGGAAGCAGCAUGCCGUUGCACUGUCCACGGCAGAAGCUGAGCUUACAGAGAUCUUGGAAGGACUGACCCUGGGAGAUUCCAUCAGGGUAGUUGCAGAAGAAAUGAGAGAGGAGGAUGAAGAGAUUUUGAGGUGUGUCGCCUUGACAGACAACCAAGCUGCUACUAGCAUCUUGGCAGAUUCCCAUGGAUCUUGGAGGACGAGGUACCUGAGGAUGAAGGCGAAGAACGCUCGUUGGCGUAUCCAAAAAGGGGAUUGGCAGGUGAUGCAUGUUCCCGGGGCUACUAUGCCAGCAGACAUGGGAACUAAGCCAGUGUCAGCCCAAAGAUUGGAGGAUCUCAAAAAGAUUCUGGGAAUGAAAGAUCUUGAGGAGGCACAAGGAGGAAGCGAAGAAAGGCAGAAAGAGAUCGAAGAGAAAGAGGAAAGAUCGAAGGACGGAGGAAGUGAAGCGAAGAAAGAUGAGCUGGAAAGACUCCUGAAGAUGAUCGUUGUGGCCACGUCGCUGUCCAUUGCGAAAGGCCAUGAAGAAGAAGUCACAAAGGAGGCGAAGGAAGAAAGAAGCUACGAACUGUGGAUCUUGAUGAUGAUGGCUCUUUGGGGAACCAUGUCCCUGCUAUGGUCUGCGGUUCGAGCGAUCCAGUUCUGCUUGAAGAGAGAGAAGAAGAAGGGAAGAAAAGAGGAGGAAGAAGAGGAGCUGCAGAAGAAAGGAAGAGAUGAAGAGAAGAAGGAAAUGAAAGAAGAUGAAGGAGAAUCGAAAGCCUCAAAGGACCCAAGAGAGGAGACCAACUUGAAUCACCGAAAGCCUGGAGAUCGAGUACUAUCUUCACAAGCGGCCUCAAGUCAUGAGGAUCCUCAAGGGAAUGCGAGGAAGAGUAAGGAAGAGGUCACAGGCCAAAGAGGUGAGACGAGUUCAAAAGGAAAGUCCAAAGGAAAAGACCUGGUCACCCUGCUCAUGCCAAGUCUUGGUGUGGUGAAGGAGCUGCAGGAGCUGCAAGAGCUUCAGGUUCCACCACAUCCUUGGGGCACAGCGUUGAAGCAGAUCACCUCCGCCCCACCGAACCAUACCGCCUGGCGGCUGAGCGACUUGGGGUUCCAAGGUCCCAGCAACAGGGACCGCGAUGGAGAUGGUUGGGUAACCUGUGUUUGCUGGUCAUGA